GCGGGGGCUGGCUAAGUGAGGCCCGGAGCCGCAGCAUCCUCGAGAGUUCGUCGACCGCUGCCACUUUGAUUGCUCCACUGUACAGCAUCAGGACUGAUUUUCCACGAAUCCGCGUUUAUUCAACGAUUGGCCUUGGAUUCAUUUCACAGUCAAUUACUCUUUCAUAUUCACCAUCCGGAUCCGAUUACCCAUUUACCAUCCACCCUCUCCGUUCCCACCAAACAGCUUGAACGAUGGCCAACGUCAACUUCCGCCGUAUCAACAUCGACAUUCUUGAGCCCGAGAACAACAUCGCGCCAGAAGAGCUCGUGCCGCCGAGCAUAGCGAAUCUGCCGCCGGCGAGCGUGGCCGAGAUCCAGUCGUUCGGACAGUCUGUCCGCGCUGCGUUGUCGAGAGGUGAUCAUGCUGAUGCGCUGGCGGCUGCGCUCGGAAACCCGCCUUAUACCAGUAGCGAGGAGGUUAAGGCCAUCCACCUCACCACGAUCCUCGAGAUCCUCUCCACAGUAAAAUCGACAGACAUAAGCAAAAUAGUCGAGAAGCUUUCCUCCGAAGACCGCGACACGCUCAUCAAGUAUCUCUACAAGGGCAUGGGCGUGCCUGAGUCGCACGGAAUCUCGGGCGUCUUGCUGGCGUGGCAUGAGAAGGUCAUUGAGGUUUCCGGACAAGGUGCGAUCGUCCGCUUCCUAUCAGACAGAAGAAUGGUAUGAGAAAAGUUCGAGCUAGGCUUUGGUGGAGUAUUUGUGUGUGCUGUGAUGGGUUUAGAUUUUGAUUUUGUAAACUUGACUUGAAAUUUGAGAUAUUACUAUCUGAUUGCUGCUCCAUGAUCAUG